UCUCUCUCUAUUUCUCUACCCUAUUCUACUGUAUUAUUACGAUUGGAAACCAAUUUCUCUCAUUUCAUAUCAUUUUUCUUUGUUUUCGCCCUGAUUAAAAAAAGAAGAAAUUACAUAACGUUGUUCUUACGCCAUGGUCAAAUCUAGCAUUGUCGUACCUACUCAAACCACAAGCUCCUCGUCGACACGCAAGCGAUCUAUAGAUCAACAAGAUGCUACUAGUGAUACAAUUAAUGACAGCGUCGGCAUUAGUAGCAGUUCUGACCAAGUUGUUGAUGCUCAAGAGAGUAAAAAACCUCGAUUGGCCAUGAAUGCCGACAGUAGACGACGAGGACAACGUAUGUUUGGCGUAUUACUAGGCACACUGAACAAAUUCAAGGAUGAUAGCAAGAACACGAGCGAAGCAGAGAAAAAACGACAAGAAAUUGAGUCAAAAACACACGAGAAACUGGCCAACGAGAAAAAGGAACUAGCAGAAAAGCUGGAAGCAGAUAAACAACGUCGAGAACGAGAAGCGGCAUUGUUAAGAAAACGAGAGGAGCGACUGGUGGAAGAAAAGCGUGACUCGACGUGUGUGAAGCAAAAAGAAUACCUAGCCAACUAUGUGAAAACCAAAGCACAUCCUGCAUUAUACUAUCGUCCAAAGAAAUUGACGGACGAUCUAGCAAAGCAAAUCGAAGAGCAAAUAUCGAGCGCAAGGCAAGAACGUACGGCAUAUGAAGCUCGCAAAGCAGAGCGCGAAAAGGAGGAAGAAGCAGAGGAUAAGUUGGCAGUUGAGGCAGCAGUCAAGCGUCGUGACGAAGAAGAAAAAAAGAAAGAAAAGAACGAUGAUGAAGAAGAGCGGCCGAAAGAAACAAAAGUAGACGGAGGAGGGGGAGGAUCAGUGGAUGCAAAUCGAGUCGAUGGUGAUGACAAUGCGCCUGUACGUCUCGAAUCACCAGCGCCCGAGGAAUCAGUAGUAGCGGAUCGUGACGAGUGAAGUGCUCAUCGAUGUUAUCCGUUCUGUAAAAAAUGUGUAAGCAUUCUUUGUUAUAUAAUAAAAGGACAUCAUGAUGGGAUGAACACAGAGCAUCACAAAAAGAAGGACAGAAUGUAGGGCAGAAUAUGUCAAAUAUAUUAUGUAUGUCAUUAGGUGCUGUCGAUAACUACCUGAAGACGAAUGUACAAUAGAAAAAAGAACGAAGAAAAGUAAAAGAAAAUGUUUGGUGAAUAAAGACAUCCUCCAAAAAAAAAAAGAACUUUUUUUUUUCUCUCUCUCUCUCUCUC